UCUCCGUCUCCGUCUCCGCUUUUGAAAACCCUAAUGUUGGCGGUAUAACGCUCAACUUUUCUCUGCCAAUGGAUUUGAAACGACGUUCAUGUUUGAGAAAUAGAGACAGGAUCAGUGAGCUGCCGGAUGCUCUGCUUCUGCAGAUACUGUCUUUUGUUCCGACAAAAGAUGCCGUAGCCACUAGUGUGUUGUCCAAACGAUGGCGCUAUCUGUGUAAGAUGAUGCCGAGGCUCAGGUUUUGGUACGAACGCACAGAUGAUCUAGAGAGGUUUUCAGAUAACGUCUGCAGGUUUUUGCUCUCACAUCAGGCUCCGGUUCUUCAGAGUUUGCAUCUCGAAGUGAAUUUUGAAAGGGGUUCCACUAUGGAUAUUGGAGUGCUUCUGGGGGUUGCUUUUGGACUUCAUGUGCGUGAGUUGGAGCUCCAAGUUUACUCUUGGGAGCCGUAUAGGUUUCCUACAAGCUUGUACAACUGUAGGACACUUGAGACCUUGAAGCUUGGUUCUAGUGUCCUUUUAGACGUCCCGUUUCCGGUUUGUCUCAAGGCCCUUCGUACUCUUAGCCUUUUUGAUGUGAGCUACAAGGAUGAUGGAUCUGUUGUUAACCUUUUAUCUGGCUGCUCUGUUCUUGAAAAUCUGGAGGUUAUGAUGUUUUCGCAUCCUCAUCUAGGGACUUUCACUAUCCAUGUGCCAUCCCUGCAGAAUCUAACACUUAUUUCUGACAGUGAAGAUUUUACAGUAUUUGUGAUUAAUGCUCCUCAUUUAAAAUAUCUGAACCUUAAAGGGUUAAUAGAUGAGGACUCUUGUCUGAUUGAGAAUACACCUGAGGUGGUGGAGGCACAUAUUACUGAUGUGUCUAGUGUAGUCUAUGAGAACAUUCAUGGAUCUCUAACUUCAGUCAAACGCCUUUCUUUGAAGAUUGCAUCCCCCUUGAAGCUGACUAAGUUUAAUAGAAUCUUCAACCAGCUGGUGUGUUUGGAGAUACAUACAUAUGAACCAGAGUGGUGGAAUCUGUUGAUGCUAAUGCUCCAUAGCUCUCCUAAUUUGCAAGUCCUCAAGCUCAUUAGUGAAUGGUUUAGGAUCCUAGAUCGUCUCACCUAUAACAGAUGGAGUCAACCGAAGUAUGUUGCUGAAUGUUUGGUGAACCGUCUAGAGACAUUAGUUUGGGAAAAUUACGAAGGGGAUAUAGAAGAUGAUAGAGAGGUGGCUCAGUACAUGCUAAGCAACGCAAGUCGUUUGGAAACGGCAACCUUCUCCAGAACAGACAUUCUUCAUACGGAAAAGAGACUCGAGAGGUUAAAGGAACUGGAGAGUGUGGCCAAGGCUUCCAACUCAUGCCAGCUUGUGUUUACGUAAACUGAUGUCACGUGGGAGUCCUACAAGCGUACUACAUUACUCGCUCUAUAAGGGUUUUGUACUAUUUUUCAGAUGUUAGACUUUAUAGUAUGGCGCUAUGUUUAACCGUUUAAGAACUAUGAACUUUAGUAAGUACUGUUAAGGACCUAAGGUGAUUCAAUUUUUCUUUUGUUUUGUGA